AUGCGCGUGCGCAAUGCCACCUGGCCCCAGUGGACUCAUGAUACGGCGCUUACUCUUCGACAAGCCGCUGGCGGCAGUUUCGAUCUGGUCUGCAGGGGCGGAGGUGCGGGCAACGUGUCGCAGUGGACGCAGAACGGCACGCUCUCGACCAGCAUCAACUCGGGUGUUCAGAUUGUCUGA